CCAGAUGUCCCCAUCCCGCCUCACCAUAUCCAAAAUCUCCACCCCAAAGCAACCCCAUUUCUUCAACCUGCUUCAUAAUUUUCUCCAUCCCUUCAUCACCAAACUAACGCAAUUCACUUCUUUUUUUUUAAAUAAUUUUUUAAUCUAAUAUUAAUACCCCUCUGGCAUUAUUAUCAUAAUUUGUAUUCCACUUGGCUUUCUCUCUCUCUGUUUUCCUGAUCUUCAUUGUUUUCUGGGUUGGUUAAAAAUAAAAAAGAAAAAGGGAGUGAAAAUGAUGAGCGGGCUUUUCCGAUCCAAAUCUUGCGGGCAGGUCGGACUUACAGAUGGGCCGUUCUUUCAGCGGAGAUAUAGCAACAACGUUGAAGACAAUGGAGGGGAAGAAGAAGAAGAAUUUAACGAGGAAGAUGAUGACGAUGAUAUUGAGGGAAUCGCUGGUCAUGUGCGACGUCGAGAGUGGCGAUGUGGCGUCGAAAGUGGCGAUGUGUCGCCGAUGGACAUCAGCUGGCCGACGGAAGUCAGGCACGUCUCCCACGUCACCUUCGACCAGUUUAAUGGGUUCCUCAGUUUACCCACCGAGUUCGAGUUGGAGGUUCCCUGGAAGGCACCCAGCGCCAGGCGAACCCAGGAGCUGGGUUCGUCCUGAACCCAGGUGCCUGGGUUUGCGAGGAACCCAGGCUGUUGGGAUUGCCUGGAGCUUUGUUUGGUUUAUGUUCCCUUUAUUAUGUUAAAUGUAGAUCCAUUGAUAGAUUUUACAUAAAUUAUAUCAAAUUUUAUAUUGAUCUGCGAUUCUUUUCUUGAGUCUAAUGAUACUGCCAUCUAGGUUGAGUUGGAAUGUGUUUUUGAGAUUGCCAUGUGUAUGGGGAAGUGAUGGUGAGCUGUGUGACGUGGAACCUAAUUCUGGAGAAAGUGAUGGUGCAUGAAGCAGAACAAAGUUCCCAAUGAGUAGAUAUUGGUGCUAAAAGGGAAGAAAGUGAGGUAAAAGAUUUGACAGUGAUGAAAAAGAAAGAUAUGGUUGGGAGUAGUGACAAGCAGGAGACAAGAAGUAAUCAAAAGUGGAUUAAAGAGGUUUGAGAAGAACCAUUAUCCAAAUAAUGAAGAUAAGGAGGUUGAUCAAGCUAAAAGUCCGAGGUAAUGGCUAGCCAAAAUGGCCUCAAGUAUAGUUCAAUUGUUCCAAGCUUACAUUUGGUUGAAAUACAUAAGAUCUUUAGCAAAGAAAUAUUGGAAUAGUUAUUAUUAAGAUAAUUAACUUUAAUUUUAAGAAGUUUUUCUAAGAACUCAAAUAUGUAUAAACUAGUGCAAGCAACAUCUUUCAUUGGAUAUAUAAACUUCAACACCCAAAAGAGUGCACCAUUACAGAUAAUGUUUUAGACAUGAGGUACGGCAUGACCAGUAGAUACGAAAACAGAUAAUCAAAGAAGUUUAAAGAAACAGAUUUAGUGUACAGACAGAAUUAGGAGAAUACUUCACUAUGUGAAUAUCAAAGUACAAACAAACAUCUA